GCAGGACAGGUGAUACCGGCCAACAGAUGCUGAGGAAGGACGACCCAGAUCUGACUGACACAGCUAGCUAUUACUCAGCCUUUGAACACACACACACACACCCACUCACACAAACAAACAGAGACAUACCACAGAGGACAACGUGAGCCUGAGCGAGAGGCACAAUUAACACCCCAAACUCCCUGCUGGGAGCUCCAGAGUAAGUUGGCUUUGACUCAAGAAAAAUGCUCUGUCAAGUGCUGAGGGAGUGAGCUGAGCUCAGCCCACAAAGAUCAAGACAGGAUCAUUUGACAUCUUCAUCAUCUAGCAGGAUAUUCAGAGAGUUAGGGGCAGACCAAUAAAACACCAGAGCCCAGAGGAAACUUGACAAAGGAAGUGAGACGUCAAACAUUUCUAAAGAUGGAAGAAACUCAGCAGGUCUGGCACGUGACGAUACCCUCCCAGGAAGACGCUGGAGAGCUACAAAAAAAGGUGUCCGUAGCAAACCAGCCAGAGUGCUCCAUCUGCUACAACACCUAUGACAAUGUCUUCAAAACACCCAAGCUGCUGCAGUGCACCCACACCUUCUGCCUAGAGUGCCUUUCACGCCUCAAUGCACUGUCCAACCCGAACAAGAACGACAGCAACUCAGACCUCCGUUGCCCCGUCUGCCGUCAGGCCACCAUUUUGCCAAAGGAAGGACCCCCGGCCCUGGCCACCAGCCGUGAGGUCCUCUGCGAGCUGCCCAGCCACCAGCAGCAGGAGGAGCCGGUGUGGCUGGAGGGGGAGAGGCUGUGCUACAAAAGCAAGCAGAAUGGUAGCUCGGGGGACCCUGACAGUCCCACAGCAUUCUGCAUCUGCAUUGACAUUGGGGCCACCAAGAGGGAUAUUGCUCAUAACGAGCCCCCAUCGCGGCAUCUUAGUGUGGUAGAAAGAGUGGCAGACUGCAAGAAGAUGCUUCUCUUCAUUAUGCUCCUGGUGCUGCUCAUUGCGGUUGUGUUGUGGCCUCUGCAGUGUGUAUUCAGCACUGGGAAUAUUCGCUGCAUCAGCGAAACACCCCAUCCCACUGUCAGUACUACCCCCACCACCACUACCGAGGCCAUUUUCAACGGACUGGCAGGAUAAACUUUGAAAGUACCCUCACUUCACUCUAAAUGGUUGUAAUGUUGUAAUGACACAUUUGUACUGUUAUGUGAUGUUUUCAUUUUUUUUUUUUCUUACCAAAUUAUUGUCCUUAGAAGUGUGCUUUGUUAUUGGCACACACAAACAACAUCUCAAAUUUUUACUCUUAAAGGACCCACAAAUAUUAAAGCUUCUAUGUGUAAGCUUUUUAGACAUCUGGCUUCAGUGCCCCCCAGUGGUGGUUCAAAAAACUACAUGGAGGCAGACAGGGAGAAAACUAACAAUCACUGCAGCCAUUUUCACUGGAGUGUCGUGCCAUUGUGUUAUAUGACUCAAGAAUUAUUUAGAUUUUUUUUUUUUAUUAAUGGACUGAAAUUUCUUGUUCACACAGGCAAGAAUAUAAACUGUAUAUAAAAGAUGGACGUAGCCACUGUGUCUGUAAAGUGAAGCCAAUGUGGAUGUUCCUCAGCCAGCAGGGACAACUUCCUACUCCUCACAUGAUUUAUUACCUCAUUUUCCUGAAGGCUUAUCAUAUCAGACCCACUUAUUAUGUCUGUUUAAAAAAAAAAAAAAAGAUGAUGAUGAUGAUGUUGGUUUAUUUAUUUAUUUUUUUAUUUUUCAAAAUGGUAGUCUAUGAACCAGCAGCUAUGCCCAUCUUUUAGAGUCUGUGGGAAUGACACACAGUGAACACCAAACACCACACAGUGAAGCAAGAUUAACACAAGCUGUACUUAUUUAGUGGCACAAAAAGGUGAAGAAUCUUUACACUUUAAUCUGCACUUGUAUUUAUGAAAUUAGAUAUGAUUUUGCUGGCUGUUGAUGGGCUGGAACACAGCAGGGUCGAUUCGUCGUGGCGCAGAAACCGGCCGUCUCCAACCCAAACAGUGAAGCUUUAAAAUGUUGGCAUUCAGACGUGAAAUUUGACCUUUGGUUUGCAAAUGUGUGGCUGGCAGCACAGAACCUCCGCAAAAGAGAAUGAAUGUAGUGUUCCCAGUGCGCCGCUUAAAACUGUAUGUAAUGUGCAUUUAAUUGUUUAAU